AUGCUAAAGUACCAAGUGAAAUCGUCGACAUUAACGUUGAGACCAGCCAAUCGAACAUCGAGAACCUCCUCUUCAACUUCUUCCUCUCCGUGCUCUAUUUCAAUGCACUCUCUACUGGAUGAAACUCUUCUUGGGAUUCCUACCACUUCUAGAAGUAACUCACUUCUUUCUCUCAACUCGAAUGACAGUAACCUUUCUGAUUCUUCUGAUGUGGGAGUAUUGAGAGUAGACACCCGAAGUGUGAAACAAUGCACUGAUUACAAAACCAUUCGAGUCACCAACUCCACCACUGCUCGACAAGUCGUUGAGAAGUUCUUGAACACUUUGAAACUCACUUGUCGAGACGUGAACCUAUUUGAUCUAUGGAUGGAAUUGACAACUAGAGCAUCUGGAUCCCCAGUCGUCACUCUACUGAAACUGGAUCCCGAUGCAAGACCAUAUGAACUUCAAAGAUGUCAUCCAACUGGAAUGUCUCGUUUCAUCUUACUUCAGAAUCCAACUGGAUUCCUUGUCAGAGUUCAUGACCACAACAUUUCUCCACAAUCAAACUAUAAAUCUCUGCUUCUCUCCUCUCACACAACUGCAGUUGAAGCAAUUCAUAUUGUCCUCUCUUUGAAUCGAAAAUACGAUGAAGCCUCCAAAUAUGGUCUCUUUCUGGCAACACCUGGAGCAGAUGCUCAGAUUCCUGAUGACGUUUCGUUGGUUUCGAUUGCAAGACUUUGUCAACCAGAUCAGAAAAUUAUUAUCAGACAUGUUGAUGUUUUUUAA